AUGAAGUCCAAAGACCAAGUACUCAGUGUAGAGCAGAUAAAAGCCAGGAUUGGGGCGGGCGACAUCAUUGUGAUCUACGACAAGUGUGUUCUUCGCCUCAAUAACUGGAUCAAGAUCCAUCCGGGCGGAGACAAGGCCGUCCACCACAUGGUGGGGCGAGAUGCCACCGACGAGAUGAACGCGUACCAUUGCGACGAGACAAUUGCCACAUUCAAACGGUUCCAGAUAGGUCGCAUAGACCACGACUGGGUCAACCUCAUCCCGCCUAUCCAGGGCGGCCGGUACGCCAAGGUUGCUGAUGAGCCUCUUCCGGGCCAGAUGCCAGCUGAGGUGGCUCCAAAGUUCCCUGUGGGCGUGGUGCCGACAUCUGCCAGCAUCAGAAUUGAACAGGGCCCGAUCAGGGACCCACAGGCCGUGAUAGAGAACUUUGAUAACCUGCUGGUCAAGAAAGAUCUCGAAACGUGGCCCUCGCUCGACUACAGCACGCAGAAGCUGAUCUCUCAGAAAUACGCCGAGCUACACGAGAAAGUCAAAGCCGCGGGGCUUUAUGAGUGUCCCUACGUGGAGUACUACAAACAGCUGUGCAUCAACGGCGGACUGUUCUUGUACUUUUUGGUGUUUCUGAAAAUCAGGUGGUAUUUUCUGAGUGCGGUCUCGAUCGGGCUCUGCUGGCAGCAGCUGACGUUCAUUGCCCACGACGCAGGACAUCUGGCCAUCACUCAUAACUAUAACAUUGAUAACUUCCUCGGUGUGCUGGUUGCCGACUGGAUGGGCGGUCUGUCAUUGGGUUGGUGGAAAAGAAACCAUAACGUCCAUCAUCUGGUCACAAACGACCCUGUCCAUGACCCAGAUAUCCAGCACUUGCCGUUUUUCGCCGUGAGUUCGCGUCUUCUCGGCAACGUCUACUCCACGUACUACGAGAAAACGCUCUGGUUCGACCGUCUGGCCAAAGUGAUGGUCCAGUUCCAGGACCGGCUGUACUACCCAAUUCUCUGCUUUGGCCGCUUCAACCUGUACAGGCUAUCCUGGGAGUACCUUCUCACGGGGAAGAGUCCGCGCGGAAAGGCCUGGUGGCUGUGGUAUUUCGAGCUGGCGGGCCUCAUGUUUUUCUUCUACUGGUUCUUCUACUUGGUGAUCGGCUCGCUAGAAACAUGGCGAGACCGGAUCCAGUACAUUCUUGUUUCGCAUAUUGUGACCAUGAUUGUGCACGUCCAGAUCACGCUCAGCCACUUCGCCAUGUCGACCUCCGAUUUGGGUGGUUCCGAGUCGUUUGCUGCCCGCCAGCUACGCACUACCAUGGAUGUGGCCUGUCCCGAGUGGUUUGACUUUUUCCACGGUGGGCUACAAUUCCAGGCCAUCCACCAUCUGUUCCCGCGGCUCCCUAGACACAAUUUCCGCAAAGCACAGGCGUACGUGCUGGACUUCUGUCGCGAGACGGGGUUGAGAUACUCCAUUUAUGGCUUCGUCGACGGUAACAACAAGGUGCUGCUACACAUGGAAAAUAUAGGUAAACAAGUCAAAAUCAUGCAGGACUGUCUGCGCAGCAUGGCUCUGGAAUCGACAGAGCACAAGAACAUAUACGAGAAACGGGUCCAGCAGGCGAUGACGGAGACGAAAAUUAUAUAGACGGUAUGGAUUAUAUCAGAGACUCGUAGGACGCUGCCCCGGUGCGCAGCUUGGGCGCCAUCGUCUUGGUCCAGUCGAUUGCGGGCGAGGUUGGAGCCGGCGUGGCAGCUGGCGACGGCUGCGGCGAUGAGACCUUAGUGGCCUUCAUAGGCUGCAUGACGGCAAACGUCUGCUGGCUGUUGGCUGCUGGCGGUUGUGUGCUAGUGGCUCCGAACGACAAAGUACUAAGGUUAACGGCCUGGGCAGCCUGGGCGACCGGCGGAGUGUACUGCUUAGUAGGUUGGAGACGCAGCGGCGCGGACUUGGACGGAGCAGCCUGGAAAUCCUCGAAGUCGUCCAGAGGCUUGGCAGGGGCCGGAGCAGAGGGCGCAUGGUUGAUAACGCCGGGCUGUAGUGAUGAGUCUGCAUCCGUUUCCUUGAGCUUCGCAGUGACAGAUUUUUUUAGAUACGAUUCUAUCUCCCCGAUGAUGCGAAAUAGACCGUCGAGAUCGCCCUUUCUGGACACAAAAUUAGUGAGUUUCCAGAGCUGGAAAAAUAUCGAGUCGCGGAUCAGCUCUGACACGCACACCUCAUUUUUCCCGACCGAGAUCGUUGUAGGCGACUUGUUGAGCUUAUGAAAUAUGCUCUCGUACAGCUGCACCAUGUUCAUCAAUAAGUUCGCGUUCUUGAAGUUCGAGACAUGCGUGUUCUGUAGAAGCGGUAGCAGUUUCUCGACAAUAACAUAAUUGUCCAAGUUUUUCUCCUUCAUGCCGCUGAUCAUGAGUAUGAAUGCUUUGAUGGUGAGGUUCUUGAUUUUCAGCGAGCUUGUUGUGCUAAACAGCUGACAAACAGCCGGGAACAUCUGCGUUGUGAUGGUGGAGUAUGUUUGGUAAUUGAGAAAGACGUGCAGACUGGUGAGCACUUUGUCUUGCAGCUGAACGGUGUUGGGGUCGUUUCUGGCCACCAUAGACUUUUCGAAUAGUUUGUUGAGCAGUUUUUGGAAUAACUGCGUGUGUUUUGAGCCGGAAUCGGUCUCGUUUGCGCCGAGUUUUGUCUUGAUGGUGUCAAUGUUCGAAACCAGCAGCAGGUCGUAGCUAGGUAAGUUCUGCUCGGUGAGAAUCUUGUUCAGUAGAGGGAAAAUUUUGUCGCUGAACGUGAGCUGCGAAAUCUGGUUACUGAGAAUGAGCAGGUUUUGCGACGCCAGAAUAAUGACUUUCUGGUCGUCCUCGUUCACGCUUUUGGCAGAAAGCAGCGGAAUUAUCAGAUCAGAUAGCACAGGGAUAAACUUGUUGAUGAGGAGAGCACGCGGGAAGCUAGAAAGGUCUUUCGUCAGAUUCAUAAGGUACUCGAUCUUCUCCUGUUGCGAGAGUGUUGGGAACUCGUCUAUAACGUUGAGGAUUCGAAUGAGGUCGUUGUUGAAGAUCGCAGAUGCCAGCAGGUCAUCAACGGUGAGUGGAGGCUGCAACAUGAGCACGUCCUUGUUCGAUUCCUGGGUUUCCUUGAGCAUACGGAUGAAGACGUCAAUGUAGUUCCGGGGAAUGCUGUUGAAACUUGCAUGGUGGUACAAGUUGGCGGAGCCCAGGAUGUGUUUAAGCUUGUUGAACGUUCGCUCGUACUCCAGCAAACUCGAGCUCGAACAUUCCAGUAGCGAUCGUCCUUCGUUGAAGAGAUAAUAAAUAAGACAGCCAACAGAGAAGAGGUCGUUGAUAUAAUCGACAUUGUGUUUGAGCAGCAAGUUUGGAGACGAGUACCGAAAGUCAAUGCUCAAAAAAGACGGCAACCGCGAGUCCAGCGGAUCAACAUACUUCUCCUGGAUCUUGUUUUCCAUCACCUCAAUAAACUGCAUCCCAGAUAUUUUCCAAUCGAAGUUCUCCGUAAUAAAGAUAGAGCUAGGAGCCAGGUUCAUGUGGACAGUGUGGACGCUCUGGUGGAGAAACUUGAGUCCCGAAGCUAUUUGCAAAAGCCCUUU